CGGUAAAAUCUGUCAUCCUUACUAUGUAACUUUGAUCAAGUAAACAAGUUUUUUACAAUGUUUUCUGAACUUAUUUUCUUUUUGACUCUCAGCCUUUACAUCCCCUACGCAAAGCUACACGUUACUGAGCCGAUGAGCCGACGGGCUCGUCUGCAGGAUCUAUUCAGCAUCAGGAAGAGGAUCCUGGCGCGACGACAGCUGUCUGAUGGCGAGGGAGAGAGGGGCGAGAGAGGAGACCCUCCCAUUUCUCGUCCUACAGUCCCGACCACCACCCUGAAGCCAUCAGGGUUCUACUGCCUGGAGUGCGGGCGCGGGCAGCCGUGGAUCCCCGAGUCCACCGCCUGCCAUGACAUGUUCGACUCCGAGAACCACGAGUUCUUGGGCAAUGAUGCCGGCACCUGCUACACUCACACCGGAUGCUAUAAGGGGUUCCUGGAUGUGGGGGACCAUUUCUACGAGCGCGGGUGCAUUGAGAAGGAGUACUAUUUUGCGGAUUUUACAGGUACGAUGCACUACAUCCACAACCUAAACAGGACUUCGUAUUUCCCAGAACUAAGUUCUGUGAUGGAGUUGACUACUCAACUGGAUACAGAAGCCUUUAUGCAAUAUAAGGUAGAUCUGGACAAGUACCGUCGUGAGUUCAACCAGAACAUGAUCCAGACCUCGGAGCGGUACGCCGCGCUCGCCAGCGCGAUGGUCAAGAAGGCCAACAUCACCGGUAAACCCCUGGACGGCUGCAUCAGGUCGACAUCCCAGUCAGAGGUCUACUACGGCACCGGGGUCACGCUGCCGGUCUACCACCACGUCUGCGUGUGCACCGGCGACAGGUGCAAUACGGGUGGGAGUAGGACCACUAAUGGUUUGGGGUUUUGGUGUUUUGUGGCGUAUUUUGUGUUGUGUUUGUUUUUAGUUGGAUGAUUUUAUAAGCGAAUUUAGUUUAAAUUGUUUUAAAACAAUAUAUAUUAUUUACAUAAUU